AUGUCAGCUCAAAAAGUGAAGAACGUCGCGAAGGAUGCCGUGAAUGAACCUCUUACACCCAACUUUUCACCAAAAGAUUACAGUACUUUCUUCCUUGCGGGAGCACUAUGUUGUACUUUAUCUCAUGGAGCCAUGACUCCUAUUGACGUGGUCAAAACUCGAAUUCAGAUUGAUCCAGCAUUAAAAGGCUUCAACCUCCUCUCAGGUGGAAGGAGUAUAGUCGCUGCUGAAGGAACUAAAGGUCUCUUGACUGGAUUCGGUCCUACAGCAGUAGGAUAUUUAUUCCAAGGUGGUGCUAAGUUUGCUGGAUAUGAAGCUGCUAAAAAAUACUUGGUGGAACUAUCAGGUAGUAGAGAAAGUGCUAUCAAGAAUAGAACAGCUAUCUACCUGGGAGGAGCAGCGAUUGCAGAGUUCUUCGCCGAUAUCCUCUUGACGCCUUUGGAAGCUACCCGAAUUCGAUUAGUUUCAAACCCCAAGUAUGCAGACGGUCUCGUAUCAGGAUUAACAAAGAUUGCUACCACCGAAGGUGUCGGAAGUCUGUAUGCUGGAUUUAUUCCAAUCUUGUGUAAACAGGUACCAUAUGCUAUUGGUCAAUUCACCGUCAACGAGCGAUGUACCGAAUUUAUCUAUAAUCGGAUGACACCUGAAGCUAAAGCCAAUCUAUCGUCAACCAAACAAUUCGGUAUAACUCUUGGUUCAGGUAUUGUAGCAGGUUUCGCAGCUGCUAUUCUAAGUCAUCCCGCCGACACUUUGUUGUCGCAAAUCAAUAAAGGUCAUGGACCAAAAGGUCCUAUGGUAAGUAGAUUAGUAGCAUUAGGCAAAGAAGCUGGAUUUAGAGGAUUAUUCGCUGGUCUCGGUCCGAGGAUGAUCAUGACCGCCGGUCUUGUCAGUUCACAAUUCCUCAUGUAUGGAUGGAUCAAGACAGCCAUGGGAGCCAGACCAGGUAUCGAAAUACACAAAGAAGAGUAA